AUGCACGAGGGCCUGUACAUCGGCAAGAUAAACACGUACGCGCACCAGGUGUCAGGGCAGGUCUACGCCAUCGACGAGUACACCAUCCUCAUCAAGAACUUCUUCUACGAUGGCCUGGGCCAAGACACGUUCUUCUGGGCGGGUUCGAGUGUGCGUCCGAGCAACGUGGGCUUCAUCGUGCCGGACGAGGAGGGAAAGACCAACAAGCUGCAGCCGUACACAGACAAGGACAUCUACCUGCACCUGCCAGACCGGAGGAAGAUCACGAGCGUCCGGUGGCUGGCCAUCUGGAACCUCAGGGAGCACUCGAACUAUGGAGACAUCUACUUCCCCGAGGGUUUCGAGCCCCCGUCUCCCCGGCGGAUCUCGGAGCUGUCUCGACGAGGAGCGGGUGUUCGGUCCGGCACCGUCGUCAUCGUAGAUUCCAAGACCAUCCAGAUCCCGGAAUUUUACUUCAACGGGGAGAACACGGAUACGUACUUCUGGGUCGGACUCGGGCCACAGCCAAACAGCGCUGGACAGAAGAUUCCAAACGAAAAGGGAUAUCUGGAGCCCCUGCAGAGGUACGAAGAGAAGACCAUCGACCUGACGCUCCCGGGCAAGAUGACGGUGUUCGACAUCGACUGGCUGAGCGUCUGGAACGCGGCCAAGGAGGAGAACUACGGCUCCGUCAUCAUCCCGCACGGCCAGGACAUCCCGCCCUCGCAGCUGGGCUCUGUGGAGCACGAGUCAAGGCUCCCCAACUGCGAACAGCUCCAUGCAAAUCUUCAAAUCCGCUGGGAAAUUCAAGGCAGGAGCAUCUCCUUCGAGUUGAUCGGUCAGAUUGAUGAAAAGGAAUACAUCGCUCUGGGCAUCAGCGGCUCUUCCACCUCGUCGCAGAUGGUGGGUGCCGAUGCCGUCGUUUGCUUAAUCGACGGCCACUACGCCAACGCCGUUGACUACAACAUCUCCGACACGUUUCCGUGCACAAACGUCUUGGGCCGCUACCGAGGGGUUUGUCCGGACCUCAAAGUGGAGGGCAAGGAGAGCUACCAGAUACUCACCUUCGCCCGCAAGGAAGGACUCACCAGCUUUAUCUUCAGGAGAACGCUGCUGAACCCUGACGACGACGGUGACCAGGCCUUUAACGCUGACGGCGACACAUAUCUCGUUUGGGCAAUCGGGAGAUACAACGAAUUCAAGGAGCCAACGUUUCACCAUACAUACCCGAAAGGAACGGUGAAGAUCAACUUCGGCCGCAAGGACGCCGCAGACAACUGCUUCGGGUUCAGCACUGGUCAGAAGAAAGAACGUCCCAGUCCCUGGGGGCCCUUCCGCAUUAAAGACAAAUCCGUGGACAACUUCAUCGCCAGGAUAGGACCCUCUGGAGGUUGGAAAGGCUACGCGGGCAUCACAGGCUACCCGACCCCCGGAGAGUGCUGGUACAUCAACGGCAUCCUGGUACCCGAACUGCACGUCCAGCGGGGCCGGACGUACACGUUUCGUGUGGAAGGCGGCAACAACCCGCACAAUGCCCGCUACUACCAUCCCUUGUACAUCACGGACAGUCCCAUCGGGGGCUACGCUCGGCUAACCGACGAAGAGAAGAAGAGUGUCAAGAUUUAUGCCGGCGUCCAGUUCGACCGAAGAGGAAGACCUCAACCCAGUGCCGCUGGCCGGCUGUGCGCCUGGAAGUACAACACCUCGGAGCCUCGCCAGGCGGACGAGUUCAUCAGCUUCCCCAAGUUCCGCAACUCCCUGCGGCUGCAGUGCGACGACGGGCAGCCGGCCAUCCUCUCCUGGAUGCCCAACGAGAGCACGCCGGACGUCGUCUACUACCAGAGCUACACGACGCCCAACCUGGGCUGGAAGAUCGUCGUCGUCGACGAGAUCGUCACCGGAAACUCCAGAGCCAUUCCCGCGAUCACGGCCACCUCGAUGCUGUUGGCGCUCUGCCUCACGCUGCUCUGUUUACUCCGGGAGAACUAGCUACAACUGUGCUCCGUGCCUUCGGCUCUUCGAGUGAAUGGCAGCUGACUUUGUGCCGACACUAGAACUAUGUAGUUAUUAACAAAAGCGGGCUCCUCCUGACUCAAGUCUGCCUCAUGGGACUGA